UAAAUGUGUUUUAUACUUUUGCUUCAUUCCUUAAAUUAUAUUUUGAUUCUUUGGUCAGCUGGCUGCCUUAAAUAUCUUCCUAAAUUUAGAAUGUUUGAAUAUUAAUUACCUGAAAAUGUACACAAUAAUUUAAGAACAAUUUCUUGAAUAUUCUUAUGAUGUGCUAUAAUUUAAGAACAAUUUCUUGAAUAUCUUUAUAUGACAGACAUUGAAACACAUUGUUCGGAAGAUGUUGACUCAUGAUAUAGAAAAAACCACUACUUAAAUUGUUGUCCCAGAAUAGUUAUCUAAAAAGGUAUAUGUAAAACUGUUGUAGCUGGAGCUAGUCCACAUGACUUUCUCUAGUUUCUUCCAACCUACAGAGGUUGUCAUUGAGGAAUAAGAAGAGAAACAUCAUCUUCUAAAUCUUUACUCCAGGAUUCCUCUGUUGUAUUAUUGGAUACUUUCUGAUGUGUGUUUUUGCUGAUACAGAACUUUGCUACACAUAUUAAUUUUUACUUCAAAACUGCUUUCCAAAAAAAUAAAAAUAUACAAUUUCGCAGUGCCAGUUUUGUACACAUCCUAGCAGAGAACAGAUGGAAAGACCUGAAGCAGGAGGUCUCCCCAACAAUGGACAUUACAGGAAAAGGAAAUUACAGCUCAACUCUUCUAAAUGUUGCUGCCCAAAUAUACAAAUACUAGCAGUGUAAAUCCAGAGACUUUUAAAAAGGAACGAAACUGGGGUUUAUGGUGGGAUUUCCAUGGGUUGAUAUGGACAGGAUCACUGUUUGACUGGUGCCCGGGAGUUUGGUCAGAUGGGGCAGUGCUGUCGGGUUAGGGAAAGUGAAGUUGCUCAGUCAUGUCUGACUCUUUGUGAUGUCAUGGACUGUAGCCUACCAGGCUCCUCCAUCCAUGGGAUUUUCCAGGCAAGAGUACUGGAGUGGGAUCGAACCUGGGUCCCUGAAUUGUAAGCAGACACUUUACUGUCUGAGUCACCCGGGAGGUCCCAAGUCGGUUUAGUAGGAUAAACAUUUGGUCACUGAGGGAAGAAGAAUCUUUCUGUUGAUCCUCAAGGAGAAUCUUGGGUUGCGGUCUCCAGGCUGUGAGUAUCAAGAUAAUUUUCAAAAAGAAUAUGGGGCUCUGUUGUCUUCCACUCCAAGGUCUAGAGCAUGAUGAGGAAUUGAUGAGGUCAGAAUUUUAGUGAGGACAGACUUGAACUCCUGCCCAUUCUUAGCUAGCCCUUGGUCCAGGCUGCUCAAAUCAGUGCUCAGAUCAUCUGUGAGACUUUGAGCAUCACAGACUUAUUUAAGCCAUGAAAGCCUAGAACAGAUGGCCACCUCACCUCACAUUAACUGCUCAUCCAGACUUAGUCAGUGGAAGGGAAACUAAUUCUUGGUAAAGCCAUCAUGUGGCCUUUGGUUUAGAAGAUUCUGAGCACUGAGCAACUUGGUGGCCAAAGAGACCACUGGCCACUUAGCAAGGUAACAGCUGCCUGUGAGAUGGUUGAGUGUGUGAAGAGGCUGGGGAGGAUGAAAAAGUUGGAAUCCUGUGGUCUUUCUGAAGGGCUUUGCUCAGAAGAAACAUGUAUUUUGGAUCAGGAGCUGAAAUAUAGAGACAAAUGGUAGAAGGAGGAUUUGAGUUCUUUCUGGGCUCAGGCAUCUUCUCCAGGGCAUCAGCUCUCAUCCACAGAAAACUAGGGGGAGAGGAUUUUGAGGGGGGAUGAGCUCCUGGUUCAGGGGUUCAGCACAGGUCUCAAGGGUGCAAGCAUCUGUGUCCUCAGGGAACCAACUACAGUCCUGUCCCAGAUCCACUAUUUAUCAUCAUGUGACUGUUGGAAAGUCACUUGAUCUCUCUAAAUUUCAACAACCUCCAAAGUAACAUAUGUGUUACAGCCCCUACUUUGUCCUCCCUUCCUCCCCAACAAUGCUGGGUGUCAGAGGAGGUGAUAAUAGAUACUCUCCAUGAGAAACCUUGCUUCUGUGAAAAAGCUGAAGAAUACGCUUCCAUUUCCACUUAUUGGAGCCAUCCAGAUGCCCCCUUUGCCUUCAACCACUACUAAAGGUCCACCUUAUUCUUGCCAUCAUUCAAGGUUGAACACUUACAGAGCAAUUAUGAAGCACCAUUCCUUUACUUUUCUAUUUAUUCAUUUGUCUAUAUCUAUUUAUUAAUUUGGCUGCAUCGGGUUUAGUUGUGGCACAUGGGAUCUUUGUUGCAUCAUACAGAUCUUUCGUUUCAGGGCACUGACUCUCUAUUUGUGGUGCUUGGGCUUAGUAGUUGCAGCCUGUGGGUUUAGUUGCUCUGAGGCAUGUGGGGCCAUAGUGUUCCAACCAGAAAUCAAACCCCCGUCUCCUGCAUUGCGAGGCUGAUUCUUAACCACUGGACUGCCAGGGAAUCCCUCCUUUAUUUUUCUAAUAUUUUACCUGUAUUUAAUCAUUCUUGGCCUCAUAAUACUAAAAAUAGGCCAUAUUAACAUUUCUCCUACUCAGGACAGGGAACUGAGGCAAAGAGGAAACCAUAUGUCUUUCCCAAAUACCUGCUUCUCCUAAAUGGGAUUUGAAUACAGUUCAUCAGUCACGGUCACCAUGCUCUGCUGAGCUUCUGGGUCUCAGUUAAAUAGAGAUAUUUGCCUGAACAACCAGUCUGUUGGGUGCCAGAUGCCUAGAAGGACCUCCUGGUCCUGCCUCUUGCUAGGCAUCUGCUGAGGAAGGGGACUGGAGGACUGAACUGUGGGUCAAUUGUUAUUAGUUUCCGGGUGGUCUUCUGCCAGCAAGAUGUCAACAGCUCUCUCCAUUAUAAUGCAUUUCCCAGGAUGUUAUCCCCGGAAGACCAGAAGGAACACUCCCAAGAGGUCAACAUCCACCACCAGCUGGGUCAGGAGGUUUCGUAGUUGGCCACGAAAUAGGGUGCACCCUACAACUGACACAGUUGAAGAGCUCCCUGAGGAUGAGCUGGAGGAGCUAUCCAAUUCAAAUUUGCAGGAAGAAUCUCUGCCCACCUCUGUGGCAUGCGGAGCAGCCUACGAACAUGGUCCCCAGAACAUCCUGGUGGUGGAAGUGCACCAGGCUUAUGAUGAGGAAGAGCCUCUGAAGAACCUGAAGACUUACGGAACAGCCUAUGAACACGCUCCCCAGGAGGGCCUGGUGGUGAAACAGCAGCGUGAGAUCUGGGUUGAGAAGCAGCCUCUGAGGGCCCCGAAGGAAUCCGGAGCAGUCUUUGAAUAUGGUUUCAUUGAGGACCUGCCAAUCAACCCAGCUUGUGACAGGACCGAAGAGACUCCCUGUGUCUCCAAGGUGGCCCUUCCAGGAUGUGACAGUGAGUGCUUCCUGCAAAGUAUCAGCAGCAGUGAUGAGGAAGAGAAUGCAGAGUGCUUCCUGCAAAGUAUCAGCAGCAGUGAUGAGGAAGAGAAUGCAGAGUGCUUCCUGCAAAGUAUCAGCAGCAGUGAUGAGGAAGAGAAUGCAGGUAGGAAACAACUCUCAGGUGGGAUUUAGAGGGAGAGGGUCCCAGGACCACUCAGAUUACACCAGCUUCUUUGGAGAUGAAGGAAGGUGAAUAUAAACUGAGAAGGAAGAAGGGAAUAUGUUUAGAAAGGUGAUUUGUCUUUUUCAUAUUUUAAUGAUGUAAUAGAGCUGUGUGUCCCUGUGCUUUAUUGUGCUGUGCUUAUAUGCUGUGCUUAUCUCUUCUUGCUUUACAAUUAAGAAAUAUCUUUUCUCACAAGACUAUUCUUUCCUUGUCCUUUCGCUGCCAAAUGUGAAAGCCUAGGUUCUGGUUAGUACCUGCAGGGUAUUACGUAUGAGGGACUUUGGCUUUAUGUUUAAAUUCUCCUAUGAUGGCCACAUCCUAGUGGGCACAAAAGUCUCAUAGUCACUUGACACUGGAGACCAAGUUCUUGCAGUGAGUGUCAGGUAGUGGGUGAGACAUGAACGCUCUCCCUCUGCAUUUUCAGGAUGUGUGGCUUCCCCUCACGUUUGUCCUCACUGUUUGUUCCUUGUAUGAAGGGUGCUCUCAGGGUUGGAUGAGUCAAAGUACACAUGCUCUGGAAUCCCUGCCUGGGUUGAGUCUCCUGGAGCUCAUCUCAGCACCACACCUCCCCAAGGAUGCUGUGCUGAAGGUGCUUCCAUGUGAGAGCAGUCCAUGUCCUCCUAAAGAACAGUAUGGUUUCAGAUUCUAGAGACUGUGAAGGGGCUGCUGGCUUUUUUAUACAUUUGCUCUCAUAGCCCUGAUGUCCUGGGACUGACCAGACCUAGGUCAGAGACUCAAAAGAGUAGGACUCUGGGUCACUGCUCCUCUAGAACUCACUACUCCCUCCAGAAAAAAAGCUCCAAAUGGUUUUGAUCACCAUCUUUGCAAACUCCUCAACUCAUUUACUUUUUAUUUUAUUAUAUGUUUUGCAUUUGAGUUGUGCUGUUUUCCUUUAUAUUUUGAGUAUAAGCUGCUUAUCUGAUGCAUGGUUUGUAAUUUUCUGGAGGUUAUCUUUUCAUCAUAGUGAAUGUUGAAGACACUACACUUUCCCUAUUGUGCUGUCUUAGAAACCUGGUGAAUUUCAUUUGACCAUGUAUCUUUGAGUUUACUUGGGGCUCUUUAUUCUGGUAUUUAGGGCUAUGCAUCUGUUUUUAUAUAAGUAUAAUACAGCUUUGAUUCUGAUAAUUUUGUAAUGUGUUUUGAAAUCAGGAGGUGAGAAACUUUGAUCUUUGUUCUCAAGAUUAUUUUGUCUGUUUGGAGUCCUUAGUGAUUCCAUAUAUAUUUUUAGAUUUGUUUUUUCCAUUUCUUUGAAAAUGAUGUUAAUAUUUUGACUGGUGUUGCAAUGAAACUUUACUUGGCUUUGGGUAGUGUAGAAAUGCCAACAGUACUAAGUCUCCAGUCUAUGAGCAUGAUCUGUUAUUUCAAUUCUGUGCACCUUGUUUCACUCUCUCAGUGGGGUGUGUAGUGUUCAUUGUGCUGGUCGUGUCUCUCUGAAGGCCCUGUGUCCCUCCCUCCCUGAUUUCAGAGCCAGUGGUGGAGGGAUGCGCUCAUGAGGAGAUGCAGUGUGCCUUGCUCCUCAUCUCUUCUCUGAUGAUGUAUCAGCACAGGGGCACUGGGCCCUGUGUCCAUACCUGAACACCUGCUGGGAAUUCCUCUAAAAUCUGGGUGUUGACAUUCUGUUUCAGUGUCCUAAAGGCUCAUGAGUACAUGCAUGCAUGAGCCCAGGAAGCACAUACAAGUUAAUCAUCAAAUCAGACCAGACAAAUACUUGGCAGAAGCUGUUGGGCUACACUGCACAGGCCUUAAAGCCCUGUUCUUGCCUGGACUUGAGACCUAAGAAAGAUUCCAGAGUCUACAGAGAUAUCAGAGGGUUUAAUAGAUGGGAUGCCAUAUAUCUGAAGGAAAAGGGUGCUGGAAAGACACCCACUGUGGAUAGCAGGGGACAGGCAGAACACAGCAGCUACUGCAUUCUUCCCUUAGGGGGGGAUAAAGAGCAUAACAGAUACAGGGGGGAUUAACAGCAGAUUGGCUCAUUUGUUACACUGGUUGCCAUGGAAACCAGUAUAGGGCAACAUCCCUUUCUUAGCCCCUCAGCCUAAAUACUUUUAUGAGGCAGAAUUCUUUUCUUUGUUAAUCUAUCAGCAAACAGCCAUCUUGAAAUGGCCAGAAAAUGAACAGGGGAUAAGAAGGAGAGAGGGGAUAACAUCGUAUACAUAUUCAUGUGUGAUUAGUCACUCAGUGUGUCCAACUGUUUGUGAUCCCAUGGACUAUAUCCCACCAGGCUCCUCUGUCCAUGGUAUUCUCAAGGCAAGAAUAUUGAAGUGAUUGCCAUUUCCUCCUUCAGAGCAUCUUCCCAACCCAGGGAUAGAACCUAUGUCCUUUAUAUUGGCAGGCAGGUUUUUACCACUGAGCUACCUGGGAAGCCCUACACUCUCCCUUGUACCAAAGUUCCCUAGUUUUCAAAAAACUGUUCUGCCAAAAUCUGUCAGAAGUGUUAGAACAAGUGGUGCUUGUCUUAAGAUUUGUUCAAUCUUCCCUGGUGGCUCAGAUUGUAAAGAAUUCACCUACAGUGCAAGAGACCUGGGUUCGAACCCUGAGACAGGAAGAUCCCUUGAAGAAAGAAAUGACUAUUCACUCCAAUAUUCUUGCCUGGAGAAUUCCAUGAUAGAGGAGCCAUGGGCUACAGCAAAUGGGGUCACAGAUUGACAAACACAACUGAGUGAAUAAGCAUGCACACACAUAUAAACCUAUAUAAUGGCUGCUGUGUAUUAUAGUGUGGUAGCCACCUCCAGCUGUGACUGUUAUAAUUUGCUUAAAGGCAUGUUUUACAUGCGGAGAAGGCAAUGGCACCCCACUCCAGUACUCUUGCCUGGAAAAUCCCCAUGGAUGGAGGAGCCUGGUAGGCUGCAGUCCAUGGGGUUGCUAAGAGUCGGACACGACUGAGC